AUGCCCAAUCUCAACCGCCCGCCGCCUGUCAACCUUGAUCAGGGGCCGCUGUGCCACCAGGCGCUCGCUGCUCUCGACGCCAUCACCACCUACGUCGAAUCCUGCCCCGGCGCCGCGUCCGCCGCGGCGGCGCUCCAGCAGCAGCAGCGGCAGCAGCAGCAGGGCGCCGGCGGCGGCGCCGCGAGGGAGGCGGCGGCGACGCGCGCGGCGGCGGCGGCGGCGGGCGCGUCGGACCCGCGGGCGCUGGUGGCGUGCGUGCUGCCGCAGCUCGACGUGGGCGAGGCGCUGCGGCGCGUGCUGGACGGCUGCGGCGCGCCGCCCAAGAAGCGCAAGUUCAAGCUGCUUCCGUUCGUUGGGGGCGGCGCGGGCGACCCCUCGCGGCGGUUCACAGACGAAUAG